AAUAAUCAAGCGGGCUGCACAAACAUGUCAAAAUAAAUUGUUUUGAUUGAACUGAUAUUUUUAACCGGAAUGGCAGAUGGAAUUUGUGGUUAUCGUCCUUUGAAAAACUUAUGACACACUGAAAUUAAAUCUGAGAAACUGGUCAACAGAGAAAUAAUUAUUAAUACAAGUUUAUUUUUUAAUUUUCUUAGGCUCAUGUCGAUAUGAGUCAAGUCAUGCCAGUAAAAUAAAUUUAUGUUAUUGUAUUAUCAGAAAUAACAUUUCUUUAAUAUUGGAAGUAAAGCAACAAACUGAAGAUGUGUGAUGAGUUAUUUACAAAGCGUGUUCCAAUUUUAUUCAAGAGUCCAGACAGGGAGGACAGGAGAGAACAUGUUUAUUUGAAGAUGGAACUUCAAACCCUGUCAUCACCUCUGCACAAAAAGGAGCUGGUGGUAAGACUGACAGACGAAAGGGAUUUAUUUUUCUUGUACACUUUAAGAUUAGGUGAAGAAGAUUUUCAGAGUUUGAAAACUCAGCAAGGUUUGUUGGUGGAUUUUGCUGCUUUUCCACAGAAGUUCAUAGAUCUGUUAGAAAUGUGUAUACGUGAAGAACACAAGGAAAUGCCAAAAUUUAUCUUACACUUUGUGAGUCAAGGUAGUUACACUAAUGAGAGAACUACAGGAAUGUUAAAUGUUAUAGAGACAAAUCCAUUCAAACAUCUUACUCAUCUUAGUCUAAAGUUUAUACCAGGAACAGAUUCAGAUGUCAAGAAAUAUCUGGCAGAUUGUCUUAAACAACUAAAGGAUACCAAUGCCUUACUACAACAGAGAUUAGAGCAUACAGAUACAGAUCUCAAUCAAAGACUUCAACAAACACAAGAGACAUUAAGCAGUAAGACAAUAGAACUAGAUAACCAUAAAGCUGAAUGGUCAGCCAGAUUAAAUGAAAUGUCUGCUAAACAUAAAAAUGAAAUGGCAACAGAAAAAGAAAAGAUGCUGCAGAUGCAGAGUAAUUUCCAACAGAAACAGGAGCGAGAUAGAAAAGAUUUAGAACAAGCACACAUGAAGAUUGUAAAGCAAUUAGAAUCACGCCUGUAUGAAUAUGAAGGAUCUAAUAAGGAUCUCACAGACAGGAAAUAUAAAGCAGAGUCUUCUAUACGAGAAUUGAAAUCUAAAUUAUCUUCUCUUGAAGAGGAACAUUUGAGGGCAAAACAGGAACUUCAGAGUUUACGGAAACAGAAUACUACAUUGGACAGUGAAUAUCAUGAACAAGAAAAGUUAAUAAACCAAAUGAGAACUAAGUUAGCUGUGUUAGAACAGGAGAUGAAGGAUAAAGAAAAUCUAAUAGCAAAAUCUUCUGAUUUGUUAGGAUCAGAACAGGACCAAAAGAGAAAAUAUGAAGAAGAACUAGAUGGAAGAGCGAGGGAAAAACAGAGGCUAGAAAAUAAAGUUAAAGCAAUGUCAGAAGAACUCAUGAAGGGGAAUGAAAUAAUAAAGAAAUUACAAGGAGAAAUUAAAAACUAUCAUGCUAAGAUCAAAUUGAGAAAUCAGAUUGCCACAGAACAAGAAAAACUUUUAGGUGAUAAAGACCAUGAAUUAGAAAAGUUACGUCAAGAUUUAGCAACAACCAAAAAUACUCUCAAAACCACAGAUGAUGAGAAUAAGAAGUUAAGUGAAAAUUUAGAGACAACUAUAAAGAAGUUAGAAGAGAGUAAACAGUUGUUAAAGACAAACGAGAAUGUGAUUAACUGGUUAAAUAAACAGAUAAACGAGACACAGAUGACACAUCAGAGAUUAGGAACAUUUGAAAUGCCAGGAGCCACAUCUAAAUUUAGACCUACAGGAAAUGCUGUGCACAAUUAUAGUACAUCUAGUUAUGGUUCAGCAGGAUCUCACACAGACUCACACCACUAUAACUCAGGGGUAGGAGUACCAAGAAAUUAUCCCAACAGACAACCACAAGUGCAAUACAAUCCAGGGAAUCCUAGGAGAACUACAAUACCUCAGCCAUCAGGAGGUAGAGGUGGCCCUCCUCCUCCCAUCCCAGAGGAGAUAAGACCUCACCACCACUCACCUGCCUCAAACCAUUCAGGAGGAGAUAAAGAAAAUGACCCACCUUUAGACCCCAAGUAUUUACAGAAAAGUGAUGAAGCAAUACACAUCAGAGGACUAGGACCGAGGUCACAUUCUCCUACUACAAUAUCUAGCUCUGCACCAAAUCUGAACUCUGUCCGACUUAGUCAACAGGGUAUUGUACCAAGGACUACACAACCUCCACUUGCCUCGGCUUAUUUUCCUGGGCAAAAAAUGUCUUGAUGUUUAAAAGAUAUUUUUUAGGUUUAUAAAAUAUCAAUUUUGCCAGUGUCGUACACAAACAAUUCUAGUCGGUUCAGAACCUUGGCUAGAAUAACACAUUUAUUUCUGCUACAAUUCACAUCUUGCAGAAUAGCACAGAAGUCAAUUCUCAACUUCAAAUGCAUCAGUUCAUAAGCUAACAAUACAUUGAGAAUUCAUUUGAGGAUUAUACAUUUAUUGACUAUAUUGUUAUAUUGUGUGAAACAACAAAGUUUAUUUAUUAAUGUUAAUAAACCUAGCUUGUUUAAUAUUAAGCUGCAGCUUAACUUUCCAAUGUACCUCUAAAAACUUUACAUAGUAUAGAUCUUUCCCAUAAAGCAAUGACAUAUAUUGUUGAAAGACUCCUUCAAUGAAUAAUAUAUGGUUGGGUAGGGUUUUGAUUAAAUACUUACAUGUGUUUACAAAGUAUUAAAUAUUUGCAGCUUGCAAGACAUUGGGGUUACUAUUUUAGGCAACAAAUUUAUGUAAUGCUUUAUAUUCCAGAGGGAAGAAAUUCAAAUUCAAAUUCAAAUAUCUUUAAUCCCAAUCAAAGGUCUCAUAAAGAGCAUAUAAAUCAACACAAGUUCAUACAAUAUCCACACCACCAACAAGAUUGACCUAGAUGUUUAAUAUUUCUAUGCAGAUGCUUUAUGUUACAAAGUUUUACUCUAUUCUAUGAGCAUUGUUCUUGACCUCAUUUUCAUAGUUCAAUGACUAUUUGAAAAAAAAAUGUAUACCAGAAAUUUUUUGUCAUGUGAAAUACUUGCUUAUAAUGAGUAACUAUAUGUGAUCCUUGCAAGGCCUCUAAUUCCACCAGACAGUUUUCCCCUGGCUUUUCAUGGUUCAUUGAUCAGAGUUAAGUUUUCAUUACUAUCUCAGAUACUAUAUUAAGCAAAACAUCAACUAUAGAUGUGUAUUGAAUGAUUUGUGUCCAUGCAUGUUUUACAGGAUUUAUCUAACAUUGACCUCAUUUACACAGGUCAUUGGUAAAUUAAAGUGUAUAUGAUACAUGUGCAUGUAAUAAUACCUCCAUAUUAAAGAUUUGUCUAUUAAGAUUAUACAUUUUUAGUUUUUGGCCAUAAAUGUUGUUUUCUAUAUUAUGUUACUUUUUGUAUAUUAACAUUUUUAUGAAAAAUUCUAUCAUUUUAUACUCAUAUGGAUUCAGUGAUUCCCAGUCCACAUCAAUAUUUAAAACUUUAAGGUUUGUUUUGCUCACUAUAUUAGUGAAUUAUUACCUAAUUCUCUACUCAUUUCCAACUUUUUAGCUGUGAACACAAUUCAACCAAUAGGACUAUUUUCUUUUGUUAUAGAUAGUUAGCCCAGUUGUAUGUCAAAAGCCCCUGGAAGUUAGGCAACAAACAAUCUAUCAAUAAGUUAAAAUAAUCAUAUUUACCAGAAAAAGAUGAGGGAAACAUUAACUUUAAUGAUAUUUCUGCCAACUGAAGUUUACAUAAUAUUAAGCAUAAAGACAUCUUACAAUCAGGAUAACCUUCAUAUGACCUUGAAUUUGGAUUCAUUGCAUCCUAUAUAACCAUUUAUGUUGUCCCAGGAGCCAGUCCCUUCAUAUUUAUUUGAGAAACAUAUUAUCAAAUCUGUUGAUUUCCCUGCCCCUUAAAUCCUAAACCAUAAAUAUAUUUUGAACUUUCAUUGCAUACGUUUUGUUCAUGCGGUUAUGCCCCUUUCCCGUCUAAUAUCAUAAAUAGUUUAAAUAUUUAUACUACUGUUCAAAAAUGUAUCCUUCAACAGUUAAAUUGUUGAUAUUGUAAAUAGCCACAAACUUUCUACUCCAUCUUUUUUGUGGUGGCGGUUGGAUAGAGUCAGAUAUAUCAACAAUCAUCAAGUUGACCACAAAGUAAAAAUGUUCAUCUUUGAAAUAACAGUAUUAGAUUGUGUUUGUUGUGGAUGUUAUUUCCUGGAGGCUCUUCUAUAUAUACUAAAGAUGGAGGGUAAACACAAUUUAGUAUAUUACACUAUUUGCACCUAGUUUUCUGUUAAAUUAUUUUGAUGUGAAUAAUGGCUAUUCCACACAGAAGGAUGUAUUUUAGAAAAAUAAAAGGUUAUAACCUUCCUUUCAACUUGAUAACCAAAAUCAAAUUUAUGAGAUUUAAUUUCAAACUGAA